AUGACUAUCCAUGGCGAGCGAGUGAGAGGCGGGCCGAGCGACGGCAAGACAGCGCCAAGCCUUAACCACCGGCGCCUAAUUCGGGCGAGGGGCGCGGCCUGUGGGCUGAGGCGCCCCCGCCACGCCGCCCUCAUUAGGCGCGAGAGAUCAGCCUCCUCCGAGGGAAGGGAGCCCGAGUUACGCCGUGAUAACCGCACCGGCUGGCACUCCACGGCCUGCCUGUUACGCCCUCGGGAUGUUCGGAUCGAGGGCUUUGAAAGGUAUGGAGACGGACGCGGCUACAGCCCCCCCGGGCCCGUCGCCCUCCCUCUGACGCCCUCGCCCGACGCCCACGGCCGGGCCCUGACGCCCACGGAGAGCCUGGGCGGGCUGUCCCCGGGCGGCCUGGUGUCGCUGGCGCCGCUGUGCCCGCAGUACGACGUGCGGCCCGACCCGCCCGAGGAGCCCAUCAACCUCACCACGCGGCCGCCCGCGCUCUACGACCGGCCGCCCGAGGACCUCAGCACCGCCCACGCCAUACUCGACCUGUCCACCGCCCGUGUGGCCGAGUACUCGCCCCCGCACACGCCGCCCUCGCCGCACGCGCCGCACGCGGCCCUCGAGUACCACCACGCGCUCCCGCACCCACACCCUCUCCCCCACGCGCCCCCGCACUCGCCGCACUCCCCGCCGCCCGCGCCGCCGCCCGCCUACCACCUGCACGGCGGCAGCCCCGGCGACAGCGGCGGCGUCGGCGGCGGCGGCGUCGGCGGCGAGCCCAGCGGGGCGGCCGAGCAGCGCGACGAGGGCGCCGACGGCAAGAAGCCGUGCACGGUGGCCUACACGUACGAGGCGUUCUUCGUGAGCGACGGGCGCAGCAAGCGGCGCGGCGUCGACCCCGGCGAGAAGCAGCGCUACACGUGCUCGGAGUGCGGCAAGCACUACGCCACGUCGUCGAACCUGUCGCGCCACAAGCAGACGCACCGCGACCUGGACUCCGGCAACGCGCGCCGCUGCCACGUGUGCGGCAAGGCCUACGUCAGCAUGCCGGCGCUCGCCAUGCACGUGCUGACGCAUAACCUGACGCACCGCUGCGGCGUGUGCGGCAAGGCGUUCUCGCGCCCCUGGCUCCUGCAGGGCCACAUGCGCUCGCACACGGGCGAGAAGCCCUUCGGCUGCGCGCACUGCGGCAAGUCCUUCGCCGACCGAUCCAACCUGCGCGCGCACAUGCAGACGCACUCCCAGCUCAAGAACUUCCGGUGCAAGCGCUGCAACAAGUCCUUCGCCCUCAAGUCGUACCUCAACAAGCACUACGAGUCCGCGUGCUUCAAGGACAUGCCUCUCCCGCCCUCCAGUUCUAAAUAUUCUAUCCAAGGAGACUCGAGAUCGCCGGUAAAAAUGUCACGCUGA